CUGCCGACAACGCGAAGACGUAGUACGACUCAACGGUAGAUUAGACGUCUUUUAUAUUUUUCUUGUUUUAUUUAGCAAUACUGCUCAACAAUUAGUUAGACGACUUUUUUGUUUUCCCUUGCUACGGUUAACAACGGACCGAAUAAUCUUUUUCAUCUCCGAACGGUAUGUCGGAAUUAUAGGUUAGAGAGGCCUUUAUUUCCAAGUAAUACGACUCGACGUCUGGGGAGACUAGCUACUCACUCUUGAGCAGCACGAGCGAACGGCAUGUCGGAUAAACUUUUUUGUCUCCGUUAACGAGAAGUGAAACAGUUCUUCCGACCUGUCGUGCGCAGGUAGAAGUCGUAAGCGCGGUAAAGCUUAUUCAUGGAAUAGACCGACAUUCGACGUCUCUCGCAGAGCGUUGGAAUCAGCUGGAUUUAAAAGCCGUCGAGAAGGGGUGACGCUGGUCGUUCGUUCUCAGGAUCGUGUUCAGGUCGACAGGUGCACGGCGGAGGUGUUGAUUCAAAGAAACUGCACUGUCAGUCGCUACGUCUAUUCCCCCUCUCGCGGGUCUGUGUAAACGGACGAGUCGGCGGAUUCCGUGGAACGAACGACAAAAGCGACGGGCCGGCUUACGAUAUGGAGGUCGACGAAAACAACGCAACUACCUCCAGCAAUAAGGAGACCCCGGCUACGGGCUCCGGGGACACCCCGAUGGAGAUUGACGAGGACACUUCCGAGAGGAAUCCCACCAUGUCCGCGACCCCUAUGAGCGCUAUCAAGGUCAUGGCAUCCUCCGGCACCAUCGGCUCGGUAUCCAUCAAUCUGCACCCAUUAGUGAUUAUGAACAUCAGCGAGCACUGGACUAGACUCAGAGCUCAGGAGGGCAGUGAUCAGUUGGUUUACGGUGCUUUGAUUGGCAAACAGAAGGGUCGUAAUAUAGAAAUAAUGAAUUCCUUCGAAUUGGUGUUCACCUGCAUCGGCGACGAUGUCAUAAUCGAUAGAGAUUACUAUAAUACAAAGGAGGAACAAUUUAAGCAAGUUUUCAGUGAUAUGGACUUUUUGGGCUGGUACACCACCGGUGAUAUGCCGAAUGAAAGAGACAUCAGAGUGCACAAGCAGCUUUGCGAAAUAAAUGAAAGCCCUGUGCUGCUGAAACUGGACCCAAGACCGAAAAAUACAGACCAAUUAUCGGUUUCCAUGUACGAAUCGGUAAUCGACUUAGUCAAUGGCGAAGCCACCAUGUUAUUUGUUCCAUUAACUUACACGUUAGCCACCGAGGAGGCUGAGAGAAUCGGAGUCGAUCAUGUAGCAAGGAUGUGUAACAACGAUCAGGGCGAAAGUUCACUAGUGGCUGAACAUUUAACGGCGCAACACAGCGCCAUCAAAAUGUUGCAUUCGAGAGUGAAACUCGUCUUGAGAUACGUGCAGGCUGUGCAGAAUGGAGAAUUGAAAGGAAACCAUGAAGUACUUCGAGCGGCUUGUUCCUUAAGUCAUCGACUGCCUGUUCUAAAUAAUCCGAAAUUUAGAGCCGACUUUUACAAUCAAUGCAACGAUUUCAGUCUGAUGACGUAUCUCGGUAUCAUAACUAAGGGCUGUAAUAAUAUAAAUCAAUUUGUAAACAAAUUUAAUAUCUUGUAUGAUAGGCAGGGCGUGGGGCGGCGUCUACGAAGCCUCUUCUUCUGAUAUGUGAAUACAAUCUGUUGUUUUUA